UGACAUGACGAUGCUGGCUGUACUUGGUGUACUACUGAUGCUCGGACUGAGCCGAUGCACAGAUGAUGAGAAGACUGAGAUAAAGACGGUCCACGUUGGAGAUGAUGUGAAACUGACGUGUCCUCGCAAGACCUCUGCUUUUUAUUCUUCAACAAUGUUAUUUUGGUUCAGGCAGGUUUCUGGAGAUUUGCCUGAAUUUUUGGGUGGAGCAUACAGCUAUGACUCUGAUAUAGUUAACAAAACUCCUCAUACCACCUUAAAACAAGAGCCUGGAACAUUUGUCCUGAUUAUCAAUCAAACCCAGCUCAGUGACUCUGGACUUUACUUUUGUGUGGAACAAGAGGGAUUUAAAAUGACCCUUUUAAAAGGAGUAUUUCUGAGAAUGAAAGGACCAGAGUCUGAUAUCACCACCAUCAUUCAAGACCUUUCAGCUGAUCCUCACCAUCCAGACUUGAUGACUCUGCAGUGUUCAGUCCUCUCUGACUCUGAAACUAAAACCUGUCCAGGGAAUCACAGUGUGUUCUGGUUCAGAUCUGGAUCAGAUGAAGCUCAUCCCAGUGUCAUUUACACUCAUGGAAACAGACGUGAUGAGUGUGAGGAGAGUCCUGAGACUCAGUCUCCACAGAAAUGUGUCUACAGCUUUUCUAAGACCGUCAGCUCUUCUGAUGCCGGGACUUAUUACUGUGCUGUGGCCACAUGUGGACAGAUGUUAUUUGGAAACGGAACAGAGAUCAACAUUGAAGAGCAAAGACGAAGUUCUGGGUGUUUUGCACUGGUGACAGCAGUAGUCUGUGUGCUGAUUUUUGUGAUGAUUGGAGGUUUUGUCUUCAUCUGCUGCCGAACUCCAGGAGAAGAAAAUGAACAAAGCAAAGCUGCUGUUGCUCUGCAAGAUGGCCAGAGAAGUCAACAGGAAGAAGAGGAAACUUGGCAGUACUCUACUGUUGUCUUCACCAUGAGGAAAUCUGACUUUGGUGAAGUUAAAGAAGCAAAGACAGCAGAGAGGAAGAGGAGGCUGCAGAGAAGGCCUUUGGAUUAGAUUAGAGAAUAAAAAAUGUGCGUCUCACAAAUUUAGUCUGAAUUAAA